AUGACCAAUGUGCGUACAUUACGAGAUAUCAAUAAAGGUCAUCGACUUGGUAGUAUGUAUGAGGAAGAGCUGGAAAACAAGUUAUAUACUGCUCUCAAAUCUAAAACCGAAAAUGAUAAGUCUUCGGUAUCUGAUCAAAUUUCUCAAGAGACAGAUAGUGAUAAGGAUGACAAUAUAACAUUGGAGGAAUGGCAUGCUCCUAGGUAUGAGAAAGAAAUGUAUGAUGCAACAAAAAUUAUCACUAAUCUUAAUACUCUUGUUUAUCACUACAUUGGAUUACCUGGUAAAGAAAAUAGAGAGUAG